AUGAACUCCCAAAUACUGGCAAACCGGUUCCUCCAGAGCAAGCGUUCCCGCCUCCUCGUAGCAUUCAUUGUCCUCGUUCUGAUUCUAGCCAUCGUCAUCCCUCCAGCAGUGGUCAUCCCACUCCGAGACAAAAGCAUGGGCCCGAAGUCAAAAGUGUUUGUCCCUCUCUAUGUGUAUCCUGCUCCCGGCGCGUGGACUCCGUUGGAGAAUGUAGUCGCCACACAUCCGAGCAUUAACUUUACCGUUGUGAUUAAUCCCGGCAAUGGACCGGGUCCCAAUGCCCUGCCGGAUGCAAAUUACACGCGCGAGAUUCCCCGAAUUGCUUCCUAUGAUAAUGUGCGGCUUCUGGGAUACGUUCCCAUUACUUAUACCAAUCGUGAUAUUGCACUUGUGCGCAGAGAUGUUGAGACGUAUGCUGGGUGGCCAGUUAACGGUUCCAAUCCUGACCUCACGGUCCAAGGUAUAUUCUUUGAUGAGACGCCGCAGGAAUACGAUGACCGUGCUUUGGGUUAUUUGCAGGAACUCACGGACUUAGUAAAGAGGAGUUCGGGGUUGGGUCCCGAUAAAUAUGUAUUCCACAACCCCGGCGUCGUUCCAGACUACCGCUACAUAUCGACAGCCGAUUCCACCGUAGUCUUCGAAGCAACAUAUGAUACCUUCCAAGAGCGCCGCAAAGCGAAAGUAUUUAAAACCCUCUCGGACGACAAUCGUGGCCAGUUAUGUGCGGUAAUUCAUUCCGUACCAGAUAGCGUGCAAGGCUCCAAAUUGCGCAGUCUGGUAAAGAAGGCCCGGAAGGUUGCUGAGGAGGUCUAUAUUACGCAUUUGAGGGUAGAUUACUAUGCGGGUUUCGGGCACAGUUGGGGUGAUUUUGUGGAUUUGAUGGCAGCUUGA